GGAUCCAAGCGCCAUUUGCCCAUUCUGGACGGAAGAACGCUCGAGGUAAGGUGUGGCCUGCAGCAGGCUGGCUAGAAGGCCACGAACGACAGAGAGUGUGAGAGAGACGGAGACAGUGGUUGAAUCGCGUAAGAUAGAAGGAAUAGGAAAAGAAAGCGAAAGGAAGACAGAAGGCGAGGAGACACGAGAAUCGUUGAGCCGUGGCUGCUGUGGGUCGGCGGUGAGGAGAGAGACUCCCGAAAGAGAAGGAAAAAAAAAAAAAAAUUACAGGAAGUCGGUACGGCGACCAAGGGAAGACGCGUCGAGGCAAUGUUGGAGGGAUUCGUGAGGUGAGGGCGACGGUCCCGAGUCGCGCAGCGCCCGAGAUACGCGACCGAUCUCCCAAACUAAGCACCUAGUUCGCUCAGACCGAAUUCGAAUCAACCGUUGACGCGGCUACCAGGUACACGCGCGCAGCAUCCCUUUCUCCGCUGGAUUCCAACGAGAAGAAUCGAAGCUUGGCUCGAGUGACCGGAUCCACCGCGCGGGUUAAGACAGCGAAACGAAAACAUCAGCAACGGAUAUGUACGGGAAGAAUAGUCGGGGCCCCGUCUAUCCGUCGUGAGGAUAAUGCCACCCGCUCAACCCAAUCGAGACGAUGUCAGUUCACGUGGAACCCUCUUUGAUCAUAGUUUGAGAUCGAUCGUUUACCCUUGGUUGGACAACGCGUGGAUCAUGCAUUUCUCGUACGAGGAACAACAUUCCGUGGAUGUGGCGUUAAUUGGACUUGUCGUCUUUAUUUACAAAAGGAUCAAUAAUCGAGACGAGUUAGCGGUGGCAGCGGCAAAGGAGAAGGAGGAGGAGUAAAAACGGCAUUAAACUGCCGCAGGAAGUGAUGGCAACACGUGAGAAAACCUCGAAUCGGGAUAUUGACACGCGAGAAUAACGACAACGUGCGUCUGGAUGCCUCUAUGGGAUACGUACUACUAUUACAACUCUAAGUGCCAUUUCAUCAUAUUCAAUAAAUAUUAAUAAUAGAUAUAUAUAUAUAUGAAACACAUGCACCUACACAGACACAGAGACACACACAUGAAAGCGCGCUAAAUGUACACAUACUUAUUUCACAUUGAUCAUAAAUGAGCGAAUAUGUAACAAGUUUUCUCUUGCGAGACAAAUGUCAUGCGUGCGCUUCAACUAUCUUAUACGAAUCAUUGAUAACACGUUACAUGGAAGUGCCAUAAGAUGAAAGAAAUUCUUUCGACACUGUGAAAACUCAGGUUUCUGCUUCUUGGAACACGCUGGAAUCUAUGGAGAUAAGAUAUACAUUUGCGAAUAGAAACAGGUGCGUUUUAAAAGGAACAUAAAAGAAGUCACAGGCCAAAGAAGCGUCAGGAGAUUUAAUUAAAACGUACAACCAUGCCAGGGGGAAAUGUUACGGAGGAGGAGUUUGUGGACCCCGAAUGGCUUUUCAGAGAGCUUAGAUCUCGAGACGGUCCGAGCAAACUUCUGAUAUUAGACUGUCGAGCGCAUUCUGAUUUCUCUGAAGCUCAUAUAAGAGGUUCGGUUCCUUUAGCCAUACCUAGCAUCAUGCUGAGAAGAUUGGCGGCGGGUAAAGUUGAUCUGCUGUCGACGAUAAGGUGCUUAGAUCUAAGAAAUCGAGUUGAAGUGUUUCUGUGCGGUGAUGAAAAUAGCAGAGGGACAUUCGUAUUGAUCGGUGACUCCACUGACCCUGCAGGACAUCAGGGUGAAACGAUUCAGGUUUUAACUCGAAGGCUUAGAAGUAGCGGAGGAUGUGUAGCUAUUUUAAUGAAUGGCUUCGAAGCGUUCAGAAAUAGAUAUCCUGAAUGGUGCGAAGGUAGCCAGACUACCGGUGAAGGUCCUCCUGGUCAGGACUCUAACGAUGGAGAAUUAAUGGGUCUCAGAUCUCUUCGGAUAUCUACUCCACCGACAAGGUCAUACUCAGACUCUGACAGUGAUAGUACGUGUGAUUCUGUUGGACCCGAAGAAGAUAAAGACUUCCCAGUUGAAAUCUUGCCCCACUUGUAUCUUGGAAACGCGGCAAAUAGCGGAGAUAGAGAGGCUCUAGCUCGUCACAGGAUACAAUACAUUCUGAAUGUAACCCCAGAUUUGCCAAAUGUAUUUGAAAGCGCGGGUUCCAUGAAAUACAUGCAAAUACCUAUAAGUGAUCAUUGGAGCCAGAACUUAGCUAGUUUCUUUCCCCAAGCAAUUCAAUUCAUUGAGGAAGCACGGAGCUCGGACAAAGGAGUGCUGGUUCACUGUUUAGCUGGAGUAUCUCGGUCUGUUACAAUCACCGUUGCUUACCUUAUGCACAAGUGUAGCCUCAGUUUGAACGAUGCUUUCAAUCUAGUACGUAGUCGAAAAUCGAACGUUGCCCCAAAUUUUCAUUUUAUGGAACAGUUACAUAGUUUUGAAAAGGAACUGAGAGAUCGUGGUGACCGAAACAGAGGGAACGAUCAGAGGUGUAUAGGAGCCUGCCGACCCGGGGGACCCUGUAAUUGUCCAGCGCCCAGUUUCCUUAGCCCCAUCGAUUUAGGUCUAAGCCCAGACUCGGGAAUAGAAUUUGAUAGGUGGGCGUCGAGUACGCCGGCUGAAUGAGACGGGCAAGGGGGGACCCAAUACAAAUUUUAGGUCCCUCCUAUCAUGCUGAAUGCAAUUUUAGAGAAUGAAAAGCCUUAAUUGAAGGGUGCAGGAAACAAAGUUUACAUUCAGCUAGGAAAAUACAUCCCUAGGACAAUUGAAACCACAGUGUAAAAGUAGAUAAUUAGGAAUGUUCGUUGAGUACUAACUCCUGAAGAGAACUAACUCGUCGCACGUUGUUAAAUGGCUGAGCCUUUCUAGUAUUUUUCUAUGUACACACAAUUGUUUUCUCCAGGCUUUCCAAGCCACAAUUCUAUUAUACUACAUACAAAGAAGUUGAAUGAAUUACUAAAACAAAUAAAAAAUUUGUUUUUCGAAAAAGAUACUUAAUUUGAUAAAUAAGAUAUUAUGAUUCUAAAAUUUCUCAUAUAUAUAAUACAUAGUCAAAUUAUUAUAAUACAUAAGUCAUGUUAAAAAUUUAGGAAAAAUAACUAGGACUGUUAAAGGGUUCUAUAACAACUUUUUCUAAGUUAUCACUAUAGUGUUAAAUAUUGAAAGUAUUUUAUAAAUUGAAAUCUGUACUUUCUUACUACGAUCGUCAUUGUACAUUGAUAUAUUACCAGAUAUCAAUUUCAAACUUCUUUUAUGUGAAUGGUAGUAGUGUCUGAAAUACCUUGAAUUUAUUCAGCACUAUGUUAUCCUCGUAUAUUUCUAGGAUACAAUUUUAUACGUACACUAUAUCCCCGAAGGACAAAGUCUAUAUUUUUAAUACUUAUUCCCUGAACCCUUCAAUUAACGAGGCUGUGUUUGUUUUAUCGCAAGACGAUGCUUAUUCGAAGUGACACGUGUUCUCUGAUGAAAAUAAGUCGUCGAAACACCAGGCAAUCACAAGUAGUUGAAAUAAACUAAUUAACUGCUUAAAAAGAAAACACACACCACACACACACACACACAUAACUAAGUUUAAGUUCGGAGGUACAAAAUUGAGAAAAAUCAUUCUCGUACUCAACGGUAUAGAUUAAAGAUAAAAAAAAAGUUAUACACGAGGUAAUUCGAAGCUCGAGCGUCGUAAUUUUUGACAUAGUUUUUCAAUACACAAAAGUGACUUAUCUUGAGAAGGGUAUUCUUGAUGCAUUCUGACUUUUAAGAUGCAACGUUGUGUGCACAUUCUCUCGAAAAAUAAUCUCGGUUAAAUAAAAUUAAGGAGUACAUCUUUAUGGAUCGGUGCAUUUCUAUAGGGCAUUCCGAAUCUCUUCUACUUCCAGAAAAAAGAAAACGGGGAAAAAAAGGUCAGGGUCGUCGUAGAAAGAAAAUUUGAGAAUCUGAACGUCAUAAAUGAAACGAGCUUCUCUUAAUUAAAGAGAAACACGAGGGAUCUUCAUCGACAGGGUAUCCCAGAAAGAGUGUUAGUCCUUUCAGGGGAUGAUAGCUGGGGUGAAUCUGAACAACAUUUUCCUUUGCAAAAAUGUUGUUUAAAGCUUCGUUUUUGAAUUAUUAAGGGAAAACACUGGCCAAUCAGAGCGCGCAUAGCGCGCGGGCUCAGGAGUCGAGGCUGCCGUCCCUGAGCCCGCGCACUCUGAUUGGCCAGUGGUUCUCCUUAAUAAUUCAAAAACGAAGCUUCAAACAACAUUUUUGCAAAGGAAAAUGAUGUUUAGAUUCACCCCAACUAUCAUCCCCUGAAAGGACUAACACUCUUUCUGGAACACCCUGUAUAAAGGUUGAGAUUUCUGCGUUUCCUUUUAAUCCAGACAAGUCUAUGUUGCACCAAAAUAUAGAUCAGAUAAUUUCUGACAGUAAUUCUGUAUAAUUAAUCUUCAAGAUUUAUCGAAUAAGAAAUUUUCUUUGUACGAUGAUCUCGAUUCUGUGCGCGUUACUACAGGAGUAAGAGUAAAAUAAACUAUGUACGACAAUUUGAAUGCUAAAUUUUGAAUUGUACGAUCAGCACUGUUUCUAUUGUCUUGCAGAUCUCAGAAUAUAUAUUUAAAAUUAUUUUUGUAAAAAUGAAAAAAGAAAAAAAAAAUGAAAUCGCGUAUUCACAUUCCCAUAAGCCACAAUGACCUGAUACUGUAACUAUCUUUCGUGUACUAUAUGUAUUGUUCAUCGAGCAUAAUUGAAGUUAAUAUUGAGUGUACACAGUGAAUGUUAUUUUUCAUGUAAUUAACUAAAAGAAGGAGAGAAGAAAAAAUGAAAGAAAGAAAAAAAAAACAGUUGUGGUAAUCGACUCUUGACUAUUUGCAAGAGUUAAUUGAUAUACAACUAAGGAAAUAUAUAUUUGACGUUAAUGUAAUAACAAUAUUCUACUAUUACACUGUUGUCUGUUGUAUGUUUAUCGAGCACGAUGCUCGAAAAAUUUAAUCAAAUAUUAUGUAUAUUACAUAAAUUAUUAUUUUAUAUUCA